GACGGAAAGUGCCCGGAGCCCUCGAGGACCUUUGACCUCGCUCCCGGUCCGCGCGCACGGGCGGAAGCAAGCGGCCCGCGGCCCCGCGCGGCAGUCACGGCCAUGGAGCCGCCGGGGCCGUGCGCGGUGUGUCCGGCCGGCGAGGCGCAGCCGGCGCGCUACACCUGCCCUCGCUGCAACGCGCCCUACUGCUCGCUGCGCUGCUACCGGGCGCACGGCGCCUGCGCCGAGGGCUUCUACCGCGACCAGGUGCUCGGCGAGCUGCGCGGCCGCCACGCUUCGCCCAGCCGCCUGGCCGGCGCCCUCCGCCGCCUGCGGGAGCAACGCGAGGCCGAGGACGAGCCGGAGGCCGACGACGAGCCCGGGGGCCCCUCGGAACUGUGGGAGCGGCUGAGCCCGGCCGACCGCGCGGCCUUCGAGCGGCUGCUGAGCCGGGGCGAGGCCGGGCGGCUGCUGCCCCCCUGGCGGCCGUGGUGGUGGGGCGGCGCGGCCCCGCGCCCGCCCGCCCGCAUCCCCGCGCUGGCCGGCCUGAGCCGCGGCCGCGCCUCGCCGCUCGUGCGCUUCCAGCUGCCCAACGUGCUGUUCGCCUACGCGCACGCGCUGGCGCUCUUCCACGGCGGCGACGACGCGCCGCUGCUGCCCGAGCUGGGCGCCACGCUGCUCGGCGUGUCGGGGGCGCUGGGCGCGGGCCAGGUCUUCGCCUCGGCCGCCGAGGCCCUGCAGGCCGCCGCGCGCGUGCUGGAGGCGGGCGAGCACCCGCCCGGGCCGCUGGGGACGCGCGGCGCCAUGCGCGAGGCCGCCCGCAUCCUGCGGGGCGCGGGCGCGGGCGCGGGCGGGCCGGGGGCCGCGAAGGGCUACACGCUGGCGGCGCUGGGGCACCUGGCGCAGAGCCUCGGCCGCGCCCGCACACUCGCCGGCGUCGCGGAGCAGCGGGAGCGCCUGUACCGGGCGCGGAAGAAGUGCCAGUUCCUGCUGGCCUGGGCCAACGAGAACGAGGGCGCCCUGGCGCCGCUGGCCCGCGACUGCGCCCGGGCGCACCGAGCCCAGGCCGCGGCGGCCGAGGAGGUGGCCGCGCUGUCGGGGGAGCUGGAGCGGCUCUGGGGGGGGCCCCGGCCCCGGCCCCCCGCCCCGAGGACCCUGAUUGAAGAGCUGCCGCCCAGCUGACGAGGACCCGCGGGUAAUAAAGCUGUGACGCGCGCCCGCCUCCGACUCGCUUGUCCGGCCCGACUUCAGCCUCGCCGCGCCCCGAGCAACGAGCAGCCCCGGGAGGCCGAGAAGCCGCGCCGCACGGGGGGGUGGGGGGGGGGUGAGACCUUCUUCCGCGGGAGGUUCGCCCCUCUCCCGCCCCCGUUAUUCUGAGACACGGCCGGGGCCUCCCACUCACACUUACAGGCACUGGCUUCUGUUUCUAAGUUCCAAACCUCAUCGGUCUUGGAGUUGGCUGACACUUUAUAGUUUUAACUUUUUUUUUUUUUUUUUUUUUUAAUAUUUACUCUCU